UGAACCCGCACAUUAAAUUCACUCAUCAUCACUAGAUGGAUAUGCCAGGAAGAGGCGGCAGUGCAGACGUCAUGUUGGAUAUUUACAGUAAACCACUCAUGUGACCUUUGACCCCAGAAAUGGACCCGCGUGCUCAGGACGUCCUACUGUGUGACCUCUGUGAAACUGACCCCCUCCAGAGCCAUUGUGAACUUUGCUAUAUAAAUCUUUGUACUAAAUGUGUCAGUAAACACCUCUCAGAUUCCUCUAAAAAAAAACACAAUAUCGUACCUUAUCAUUUACACGGAAAGUUUUCUCCUAAAUACCCUAAAUGUCUGAAACACGUCGACAAAGAUUGCGAUUUUUAUUGUGAAAAAUGUGACAUUCCUGUCUGUACCACAUGCAUCAUUUCUAAUAAACACAAUGGUCACGAUAUAUCAGAUGUUCUGGAAAAACUCGACUCUAAAAAGCAACGUUUACAAAAGGAUUUGGUAGAACUCGAGACCAAAAUUUAUCCCCGAUAUAAAGAAAUUUUCACCGAUGUCCAAGCUGAAAAAAACAAAGUAGAAACGAAUUACGGGAAACUAACCACAGCUGCCGACCAACAAGGAGACGUUUGGCAUCGCGUGAUCACCAUCAUUGUCAACCAACGAAAGUUAGACAUUGAGGAGACGAAAAAUAAACAUCUGAAUGUUUUAGAAAAACACACAGACGAAAUCACGCACAAAAUCAUGGAAAUCAAACAGGCCAUUCUAGAAAUGAAAAACAUUCUGAACACCAAUGAUAUCUCCUUAACAUCAACUUACAAAUCUAGAAAUGAUGACUUCAAUAAAGUCCCUCCUAAAAUCAAAGUUACAUCACCAAGUUUAUUUAUUCCAACAAUUAACACAGAAAAACUUAACAAGAUGUUUGGUUCAUUAUCAUCGAUGUCCGUUACAACAGUUAGACCACUGCUCGACUCUACGCGACUCACCGCCACCGUAAACACUGGGUAUGAAUAUCUACGCAGUGUUAGCUGUCUCGGAGAUGAAAAAGUCUGGACAUGUGGGGAUAACGAAAUAAUGAAGCUCAUCAACCUCGAAGGUAAAUUACUGGCAUCAAUAAAAUCUGAAUCAGGGAACAUACCGGGGGACAUAACAGUGACACGGGCCGGAGAUCUUGUUUAUACUGAUCGUAAAACUGUAAACCUAGUAAAGAAUAAACAGAUACAGACUCUAAUAACACUACAGGGAUGGACACCUCUCAAUGUCUGCACUUCCUCCUAUGAUGAUCUCCUGGUUACCAUGAUAAGUAAUGAUUACGAACAAUCCAAAGUAGUGCGUUACUCUGAUUCCACAGAGACACAAACCAUUCAGUUUGAUGAUCAGGGUCAUCCUCUCUAUUCGUCUGGCCCUUUUAAUAACACGAAAUACAUCAACGAAAACAGGAAUAUGGAUAUCUGUAUGGCUGACUGUGGAGCUAAUGCAAUAGUGGUGGUCAAUCAGUCAGGAAAACUCCGAUUUAAAUACACUGGUUAUCCAUUAUACCAGGGAAUCAUUUACUACACGCGGCAUCACUACAGACAGCCAGAGUCAGAUCAUUGCAGCAGACAUUGCCAAUCACUGCAUCCACAUCAUUGAUCAGGACGGACAGUUCCUCCGUUACAUUCGUAACUAUUAUUUAGAAAGUUUAUACGGUUUAUGUGUGGACACCAGAGACAACCUCCUUGUGGCUGAAUGGGACACUGCUAAAGUGAAUAAAAUCCAAUAUCUAUCAACAUCGUGUUAAUUACAUAUCUUACAUCAUGUUUUACAUCUAUAAAACAAUGCUAAUUACAUAUCUGCAUAGUUCUGUGUUGAUUACGAUAAUAAAGACCAUGUUAAUUACAGUCCUGUGUUAAUUACAGCUGUGUUAAUUACAGUAGAGUUUGUUAUUUGUAAUUAACGUAUGUAUUGACAGUAAAUGUGUGUAUGUUUAUGUUUGUAUGAGUGAGCAUUAUUCUGUUUGUUAUCCGUAUUAUGUUUCCAUGCAUGUAUAGAUAAAUAUAAUUUAGGGCACCAUC